GUGAAGUGCAGUAUUUUGGUAGGAGCUUGAAUACACUGUUGGUGGAAGAUGACGACUUCCGUGGUCAGAGGUCUGGAGCUCCUGUUCGACAGGCCUAACGAGCCGCUGAUCACACCGAAAGGCGAGGAACAAGUCCUGUUCAAACUUAAUGAGGAAUUGUUGCCCCCGGGCUACGAGGACAACGGCAUCGUCCUGAACAACCGCUUCGGCGAGGAGCCUGGGGUGCAGACGAUCGAGCUGAAGCCGCUGGCGAACCCCCCUCGGUUCAGACGCGCCUCGCAGCUGCCUCGCGAUGAAGACUUCUCGCUCUUCCUGCCGAGGCACCAGGAGAUGGCUGAUGAGGUCAUCGACGUUAUUUUAGCGGUGCCUAGAAACCACAUGGAAGAGUUGCUGUCAACUUGCGUGUACGCCAGAGGACGGCUUAACCCGCAGUUGUUCCAUUACUGUGCAGCUGUAGCUUUCCUCCACAGACAUGACACGAAGGCGGUUAAGAUCCCGAACUUUGCAGAGACUUUCCCGUCCAAAUUCUUAACGUCCACAGUGGUCGGGGAGGCACGAACCACUACUUCUGUAAUUCCUAAAGGACUGAAUCGGCCGAUCAUAACUAUUCCUCGGGACUUCACGGCAUCGAACUUGGAGGACGAGCAUCGCCUAGCGUACUUCCGUGAGGACUUGGGCAUCAACUUGCACCACUGGCACUGGCAUUUGAUUUACCCGUUCCGCGCCACGCACGGCAACCGGACGAUCGUCGACAAGGACCGCCGAGGGGAGCUGUUCUUCUAUAUGCACCAGCAGAUCAUUGCCAGAUACAACAACGAGCGCCUAAACAACUCUUUGAAGCGCGUUAAGAAGUUCAGCGACUUCCGCGAGGAGAUCCCCGAGGCUUACUACCCCAAGCUGGACAGUCUGACGUCAUCGCGCGGGUGGCCGCCGCGGCAGGCCAACAUGAAGUGGCAGGACCUGAACCGGCCGGUGAACGGCGUCAACGUUCGCGUCUCCGAUAUGGAGAGGUGGCGGAACAAUGUACAGGAGGCUAUAGCAACUGGGCUCGUUGUCUUGCCGGACAACUCGACGCAGACGCUCACCAUCGACAUGCUGGGCAACAUGAUCGAAUCCAGCAUCCUGUCGCCCAAUCCCGAGCGCUACGGCAGCCUGCACAACAACGGGCACAGCUUUACCGCCUACAUCCACGACCCCAACCACCGCUACCUCGAGUCGCACAGUGUAAUGGCGGACGAGGCGACCACCAUGCGGGACCCGUACUUCUACCGCUGGCACGCGUUCAUUGACGACCUCUUCCAGAAGCACAAGGAGUCGCCACACGUUCGCAAGUACCAGAGGUCUGAGUUGGAUUAUCCUGGCGUUGAGGUCCGUAGCGUAAGCGUCGAGUCGAACACACCGGGAGCCAGGAGCAACGAGCUCAACACCUUCUGGAUGACCAGCGACGUGGACUUGUCGCGCGGGCUCGACUUCUCUGACCGCGGGAAUGUCUACGUACGGUUCACCCAUCUGAACCACAGGUCUUUCAGAUACGUAAUCAACGUGAACAACUCAGGGCGGGCGCGUCGCACCACGGUGCGCAUCUUCCUCGCGCCUAAGUUCGACGAGGGCGGCCGUGCCUGGCUUCUCUCCGACCAGCGCAAGAUGUUCAUCGAGAUGGACAAGUUUGUUCACGACUUACGACCUGGUAACAACCAGAUCAUUCGUCAGUCCACCGAGUCUUCCGUGACGAUUCCCUUCGAGCAGACGUUCCGUGACCUGUCGCGUACGGGCACCGACCCUGGCGACCCGAACAACCUGGAGUUCAACUACUGCGGCUGCGGCUGGCCCCAGCACAUGCUGCUGCCGAAGGGUACGGCGGCCGGCGCCAAAUACGUGCUCUUCGUCAUGCUGUCCAACUAUGAAGGGGAUAGGGUGGCGCAAGCUAACGUACAUCGCGAGUUGACCUGCAAAGAGGCGUCAAGCUUCUGCGGCCUGAGAGACCGCCUGUACCCGGACAAGCGCGCGAUGGGAUUCCCCUUCGACCGGCCCUCCACCACCGCCGACCACAUCGACGACUUCCUAACCCGCAACAUGUUCGUGCAGGACGUCACCAUCCGCUUCAGUGACGUCACCGAACAGAACCCGCGGAACCCGAGGCAACAGUGAUCCCCUUUAUUUAAACAUGGAAUGGAAUAUUUAUUCCAUGUUGUAAUCAGCUUUACCACCUUUGUGCUUAGCUGAAGUGUUCCGCUUUUGUGUUUUAGAAGACCAGUCUUUUGAAUUGUAAAUUUAUAAUGUACAUUAGUAAUUUAUUUAUAGAGAUAUCUUUAUUAAAUGACCCUUUUGUAAAUAACGGUAGCAUACAAUUUAAUUAAUAAUAACAUUAUGCAAUUGA